CCGGGGGUGCGGUUCCAACCUGGUUGGAAGGAUUCCGUGCGGAAAACCUGAACCUACAGAGCCGGGGCCAAGCCGGUGAGCGAGGCACUUUGUCUUGCAGAUGACCGUUCACAACCUGUACCUAUUUGACCGGAAUGGAGUGUGUCUGCAUUACAGCGAGUGGCACCGCAAGAAGCAAGCGGGGAUCCCCAAGGAAGAGGAGUACAAGCUAAUGUAUGGGAUGCUCUUCUCCAUUCGCUCGUUUGUCAGCAAGAUGUCCCCGCUAGACAUGAAGGAUGGCUUUCUGGCUUUCCAAACUAGCCGUUACAAACUCCAUUACUAUGAGACGCCCACUGGAAUCAAGGUUGUCAUGAACACUGACCUGGGCGUGGGCCCCAUCAGAGAUGUGCUGCACCACAUCUACAGUGCGCUGUAUGUGGAGUUGGUCGUGAAGAAUCCCCUAUGCCCACUGGGACAAACGGUGCAAAGUGAGCUCUUUCGAUCCCGGCUAGACUCCUAUGUCCGAUCUUUGCCCUUCUUCUCUGCCCGAGCUGGCUGAAACACCUGCUACCUCACCCCUCAAGAUUCUGUGACUGCCUGAGCCCUUCCUGACUUGUGGCACUGUGAGCUCUUCCACCCACUCCUCCCCAGAGCUUCAACCAGAAGGUCCACCACUCUCCUGCCCACAGGAGAAUGAAGCCAUCAGAAUGAAGCCUACAGUCCCCAGUUUUAUCCCCUACCUGACUCUGAAUCGCAAAGAAUAAAAUUUUUGUCACCCUC